AGGGGAAAUGCUUAGGUCGACAACAGGAGAGCGGGUGAGCUUACCUGUCCCCGCUUUUGGCGCGCAGGCCCGGGCGAGGGCCGGUGGUGGUGGUGCUCUCGCGGCCUCAGUGUGCUGUGGCUGCGGGUACCGGUCGUGUCCCCUUUGCUAGCACGCGAUCAUGGCUAGCAGAGGGAGAGAAUGUAUGUGAUUUUCCCCCUGGACGACUUGUUAGAUCUGAAUAGUGCGAAGGAUAGUAAACGUGUAACUGCGUCAUCGGCCUACCACAGCUAUAAGAGGCAGACUGCGGAAGUUUUGCCUCCUUCCCCACCUAACCAACAACUUCCCAGUCAAGUUCAACCUCCCUUGAUUCAGCAGUCCCCGGUCCCUCGCUCUUCCACCACAACCUGAGCCUGCCAAGCAGCGGCAACAGUCUUCGCACUCAGCCUCGCCGGAGACGUCGUCACUCUCCUCGACGAAGACUCGCGGCCUCCUGAGCCCGCAGUCGCCCGCCGGAGCGGCAGUGACCACCCGUGCCUCGUGGGCGGGCACUCCCACAGGUGCGCUCGUGGAGUCGGCGGCAUCUCGCAGCGGCAGCUUCAGGUCUCGUCGCGAACUCGCCCGUGAAGUCGUUGCUACAGAAAGUAACAGCAACAGUGUGAAAGGGAAAGCGAACCGAGCGAGUGAACCCUCUCAGGACGCGCGCGGGAGUGCUAACGCAGGAACAUCACAAAGUGGAGAGUCAAACCUGAAGCCAAACAUUGGUAAAAGUGAAAGUUUUAGGUCUCACCUUAGUGC